GAGUGUGUGUGUGUGUGAGAGAGAGAGAGAGAGAGAGACUUGAGCAUUUAAAGACCCUGGGUCAGCAGACUGCUUGCAAUCCACGUACUCUCUUGGGAUGCAGGUUCGCGGCUGCCGCGGAGAAGAGAUGAUGGCGGAGCGACCGGGCACCGUGCUCCUGGUUAGACCCAGGGGACCGCGGAUGCUGGGGUCCUGGGGAGGCUGUAGGGUUCAGGUAUUUGCCGUGAUCUUCCUGCUGCAGUUGUCUCUGGCAGGAUUCGGGGCAAGAGCAGAGCAGGACUUCGGUCUGGUUCAGCCGCUGGUGACCAUGGAGCAGCUGCUAUGGGUGAGCGGGAGGAAGAUCGGCUCAGUGGACACCUUCCGCAUCCCACUCAUCACAGCCACUCCUCGGGGGACUCUCCUUGCCUUCACUGAGGCCAGAAAAAUGUCCUCAUCGGAUGAGGGCGCCAAAUUCAUCGCUCUUCGGAGGUCCGUGGACCAAGGCAGCACAUGGUCUCCUACAGCCUUCAUUGUAGACGAUGGGGAGACCCAAGAUGGGCUGAACCUGGGGGCAGUGGUGAGCGAUAACCAGACAGGAGUGGUGUUCCUUUUCUAUUCCCUCUGUGCUCACAAGACCGGCUGCCAGGUGGCCUCCACCAUGUUGGUGUGGAGCAAGGAUGAUGGUGUUUCCUGGAGCCUGCCCCGGAACCUCUCCUUGGAUAUCGGCACUGAGGUGUUUGCCCCUGGACCAGGCUCAGGCAUUCAGAAACAGUGGGAGCCGCGGAAGGGCCGCCUCAUCGUGUGUGGCCAUGGGACACUGGAGCGGGACGGGGUCUUCUGCCUCCUUAGUGAUGAUCACGGAGCCACCUGGCGCUAUGGGAAUGGGAUCAGAGGGAUCCCCUAUGACCAGCGCAAGCAAGCAAAUGAUUUCAACCCUGAUGAGUGCCAGCCCUAUGAGCUCCCAGAUGGCUCAGUUGUCAUCAACGCCCGGAACCAGAACAACUACCAUUGUCGUUGCCGAAUUGUCCUCCGCAGCUAUGAUGCCUGUGAUACUCUGAGGCCCCGUGAUGUGACCUUCGACCCUGAGCUCGUGGACCCAGUAGUAGCUGCAGGAGCUGUUGCCACCAGCUCUGGCAUUAUCUUCUUUUCCAAUCCAUCCCACCCAGAGUUCCGAGUGAACCUGACCCUGCGCUGGAGCUUCAGCAAUGGCACCUCAUGGCAGAGAGAGAUGAUCCAGCUGUGGCCAGGUCCUAGUGGCUACUCAUCACUGGCAACCCUGGAGGGCAGCACAGCUAGGGAGGACCAGGCCCCCCAGCUCUACAUCCUAUAUGAGAAAGGCCGAAAGCAGUACACAGAGAGCAUCUCCAUGGCCAAAGUCAGCGUCUACGGGACACUCUGAUCUGUAUACCUGCCACAGGGUAGAAGGCUCUGGACUCAGUCUUCAGGACCAUGGGUCUGCAGAGGGCUGGCUGGAGGUGCCUCAGGGAUAGGUCCACUUCAUGUAGACUCUAACCUGUUGUGAAACCUACUUCUUUUUGAAAGGGAGAUCUGUUAGGACUAAAAACCUGGUUUCUCCCACAUGGGAAGUCCUACCCUCCUCACCUGGGAGCACCUCCCUUUCACAUCUCUGGGUUUGGCCCCUAUCCUUUCUGCCCUCCCAAGACAGUGAUUGGUCCUUUUACUGCGCAGAGCUGGGGGCAACCUAGGGAAUUGAAUAAAUGUGAACUCAGGGAAUUGGGGGAGCCUGGGCUUCCUCUUUGGGGAAGGAUAUUGACUUUGGAGAGAGCUGGUGAAUAUCCCUGAAAGGUAGGAUAAUUCAUUUCAGGGUAAAGGACUAUGUGCACCUUGACUAUUUAUGAAUCAAAAUGUUUGUAACUACACAUUUUUAAUGAAGAAGAAUGAACAUU